UGCCUCGCAACGAUUGGUUCAGCGAAGUUUAUGGCUCAUCCAUCGGAUGCCUCCCUUUUCUCUGUGUCUCAAGGGCUUUCUACUUCUAACCGAUCAAAAUCUCACUUCGGUUAACUGUUUGGUUUAGAGGCAGAGGCGGGACGAAUCGAGAGUAUGGCACUGCAGGAAAAUUACCAAAGGGAAGAUGAACCGCUGGCCAAGGUGCUAGUGCUUCGUUCUCUAGAAGCCAAAGAAAAAUCUUAUAGUCCCUACAGCCGUUUUAGGGUCGGGGCAGCACUGAUGACACAGGACGGCAAGAUCUUCACUGGCUGCAAUGUUGAAAAUGCUGUCUACCCUUUGGGCAUUUGUGCAGAACAAACAGCAAUUGUGAAGGCUGUCUCAGAAGGAUAUAGGAGUUUUAAAGCUAUAGCAAUUUCUAGUGAUUCAGAAGGACAGUUUAUAUCACCUUGCGGCUCCUGCAGACAGACAAUGAGAGAGUUUGGAAAAGAAUGGAAUGUAUUUUUGUCUAAACCUGAUGGCUCGUAUAAGAAGAUGACAGUUGAUGAACUUUUGCCAGCAUCAUUUGGACCAGACUGUCUUUACAUAGAAUGAGACACAUGAAGUUCUACAUGACAAACUAUGCAUCUAAGUGUAUGAUAGAUCACCACAAAGCAUACUAUUACUAUUGUUUUAGAAAACAGUAUGCAUAUUGUAAAUGUAGUUAUAUAAAGAUGGAUAUAUAUGUGCAUAUAUCUAUAUAUAUAUAUAUAUAUAUAUAUCUAUAUAUAUAUAUAUAUAUAAAGUGAGAGAGAGACAAAGAAAAUCUUAUGUAACAUAAUGAAAUGACAUUUCUGAUGGAAGAAAUAUUCAUCUCCAAAUAGUGUGAGAGCAGAUUUUAAAUGAGGUAAUUAAAAUGAAUUAGUGAUACUAUUGUACAUACUGUAAACAUUCUGAAAUGACAAGACAAUGGCCACAUGCCAUUAUUUUAAUUGUUAGUGUGUGUGUACCAUGCUAGUAGUGGUGGAAGCAGGACACAGUUGUUUGACUACGUUAUGACAUUUUUAAAGUCUAAAGGGAUAAAGGUAUAUAGAGAAACAAGCAAUACAUUGUAAACAUUGGGCAGAUGGUGCUACUCAGGAGUGCUGUGAGGAAAUACAGGUGUGUUCACAAUGAGGGGCUGGCAUAUGUCACAACCUACCUGAAGAUACAGUAAUUUCACAAAAAAUAAAAUGAAAGUAUAUGGGUAAAGGAGUGAAAGGCUGGACAAAGUCCGCCAUUAAAUAAGGAUUUAUGCAGACUUGGUGGGACACGUGGUCCUCUUUGCAUCAAAGUCUUUGCAACAGGGCAGACCAUUAGCAACUAUUUCAAUAAGUUUGGCUGGUCUAAAGAGAUAUCCACACAUGCCAUAUCCAUCAGUUUCUAAAAACCCAUGACAUCAUCUCUAAGACAGCUAUUGUUUUUUUACAUGCACUUUAAUAAGUGAAGUAUGUAUUUUUGAAUAAUCGUCCAUGAAAGUAGGGUAGCUACUGUUUUAGGAGACCCUGAGAUAGGGCAUGAUCUCAGCAUGGAAGAAAAAACAGGAGAAGAUAAAAUUCACUGUUAUCUACUGAUCAUCAAAUGUAGAAUUUAAGUGACUACAAUAUGAGGGAUAUUUUUUAACUAAAUAAUUUUUUGCCUUUCAAGAACAAACAAAACAUUGCACAACUCAUGUAGCACAGUGAAACAAUGAAUAGGAAAUGUGUUUGCUCAUAGCCAUACCCUGCCAUGUAACUUUGGUAGGACAAGAAGAAAGAUAAAGCUCAGAAGUCUAGAUACAUACCCUGGGUACUAAGGUUGAUUCUGUACUCAUUGCAGACUACGGGCUUGACCAGAAAUACAUGUGUGCCUCAGCUGCAGCUCUUUUUCUGUCUGUUAGCUCAGUGAACUGAGACCACAGGUGGAAUGGCCCACUUUUUCUACAGCUGGCCAUUGCAUAGAAGGAGAGUAAGGGUUUAGGAUUGGUGUAAGGGUUGGGAGGUGGUAUAAUCAUUAAGGUGUGUACCUCACAGAUACAAGGUGCAGGGUUUGAUUCUCACCUUUGUAAUGGAAUUUGGCUAGGCUUAAAAUGGUCCACAGAAGGAGCUAGCCUAGUAAUUAUGUAUGAAACUAUGAAAAAAGGUUCCUCACUUCUAUGCUGUGUGCCUUUCCUUGUCCAGUACUCCAUUCCUAGGUUAAUACCAUACAAGCCAUGUGCCAUGACAUGUCUGAAAGGGAUCUAUGUCAGAUGACUCAGUUUUCAGAAACUCGAAAUUCAUACGGGUGAGACCAUAUGAUCAGCAGGAAGCUAUAGGGCAGUGUGAUGGUUCAUUGGUUAAAACAGUGACUUACAAUUCUUACAGUUCAGUUCUGACAUCUUGAUCUUGUCUGUAGGGCUUGUACGCUCUUCCCAGCUGCAUGGGUUUUCUCCAGGUGCUCCAGUUUCUGACAGAAACAUGAUGGUCAAUUGACAGCACAUAAUUGCACACGUACAGUAUUUAUGCUUGCUUUUAUGGCCCAAGUUAUGGUUGAAAAAGGGUCUAGAAAAAGCUACUUGCUUAACAAAAAAUUUCAGUUCCUGAUUUUCCUGCAGAAUAAACAACUUAGCCUAAU